GUAUCUUUUGGGGUUCAGUCCCUUUGGAGUUCUGGGCCAGGCGGAGCUUACAGACGGUGUGUGUGCGCGGUCGCUUCGUGUCUCAAAAGCCCCUCUCGGCGUCCACUUGGGGCUCGUUGCAAAAGUGUCUUGUCUGAGAGUCCACAGGACAACCUUCCACUUUUUUCCCUUGUUUGGCGAGAACAGGACCAAACGGAUUUAUAUACUCAAAACUAAAUUCUGCCGCUGAAAGCAAGAAUUUGAAGGAAAAUGGCGUCCAAAGCAGUAGCAAUCAGCUCAAGUGCUAUUUCCAGCAGCAUCAAGGAAUCAAGUUCCUCCACAAAAAUCAUUUCCAGCAGUAGGAAGGUUUCCAGCAGCAAAGUCACAUCCAAGACUUAUUCGUACCGUUCUGGAGCCGCCGAAGAUGACAGCAAUGUCACCAUUGAAUACAUCUCUGACAUCAGCAGCAUAUCCAGACUGGAGGACAAAAUUCGCCUUCUUAUGGAAGACAUUGAGUACGAGAGGGAACUCAGACAAAGGGUUGAGCGUGAGAAAGCUGACCUCAGCGUUCAGGUGAUUCAACUCACAGAACGUAUCGAGGAGGUCGAAGCUGGCGCCGAUGGACAGAUUGAGAUCAACAAGAAGAGAGACGCGGAGCUGGCCAAACUGCGCAAGCUAUUGGAGGAUGUGCACCUGGAGAGUGAACAGACUCACCACAUGCUCAAGAAGAAGCACCAGGAGGCCGUUGUGGACUUCCAGGACCAGAUUGACAUUCUUACAAAGGCCAAAGUCAAGAUUGAGAAGGAGAAGGCCAAGUUCCAGGCUGAGUGCUUCGAACUCUCUGAGCAGCUCGAGAAGUCCACCCUCGAGUCCGCCAACUACCACAAGUCUGUCAAGAACCUGAGCAUCACCAUCCAGGAGCUGAACAUCAAGAUCGAAGAACUGAACCGCACCAUUGUUGACAUCACAUCCUCCAAGCAACGUCUCAGUGUGGAAAAUGUAGAACUCAGCAAGACAGUCCAGGAUAUGAAGAUCAGGGUCGAGGAACUCAAUUUCACUCUGAAGUCUGGCUCUUCUAGCCUGGAGGAAUACAGGAGGAAGUUCGAGCAGGAAGAAGCGCGCCGUCGUAAGUUGGAGGUCGAGAUCAACGCCCUGCACACCGAACUGACAGCCCUGAAGAGGUCCUACGACGAGGAGUGUGAACUUCGCAUUGACAUCGAGCGCAAGUUGAGCAGCGAGGCUUCCCUGGUCCUUCAGUACAAGAGCAAAUACGAACAGGAGAGUCGUAUCCGCAUUGAGGAAGUCGAAGAGAUUAAGAAGAAGAUGACUGUAAGGAUCACUGAACUCGAGGAACACUGUACCAGCUUGACCCAGAAGAUCACCUCCAUUGAGAAGCAGAAGAGCCGUCUGUCCCAGGAAAUUGAAAUCAUGAUUUUGGAUCUCGAGAAGGCUAACACCAACUUCCGUGAGACAAAGUCCAAGCUUGAAAUCGUCGACCGCGAGUACAAGAGCCUGGUUGUCAAGUAUGAAGAACUCAGCAUGCUGUACGAACAGACUAGCAAGGACCUCAAGAUUCGUGUUGCAGAGUACAACAAGGUCACUCACGAACUUGAAUCCGCCAAGGACACCUAUGAGAAACUGAGCCUCGACUACAGGAAGAUCAGUGGUGAGAACAGUGACCUGAAGGCCUCUUGCGGUGAUCUGGAACGCUUCAAGCAUGACCUUGAAAUCGAGAUCCGUCGUCUGGAGGCUGAGAGGAAUGAGCUCGCCAAUGGUCUCCACGAGGCUGAGUCUGCCCGUAAGGACCAGGAGGUCCGCUUCCUGAAGAUAUCCCAGGAGUUCCACAGCUACAAGGUCGAGAUCGAGAAGAAACUCGUCAUCAGGGAGGAGGAACUCGAGUCCGUUCGCAAGCAGAUGGCCCUCGAGGUCGACUCCCUCAACGCCCGCGUCGUCGAGGCUGAGACCCGCCUCAAGUCCGAGGUCACCAAGAUCAAGAAGAAGAUGCAGAUCACCAUCACCGAGCUGGAGAUGAGCCUCGACACCUCCAACAAGAGCAACAUCGACCUCCAGAAGACCGUCAAGAAGCAGGCCAUCUCCUUGCAGGAAAUCCAGGCCCACUACGACGAGCUCCAGCGCCAGCUCCAGGCCACUCUGGACCAGUAUGGCGUAGCCCAGCGCCGUAUCCAGUCUCUCACUGCUGAGUAUGAGGAAGCACGUGCCAAUCUGGAUGGUGCCAUCCGUGCCAAGCGCUCUGUCGAGCUGCAGUACGAAGAGUCCAGCGCCCGCAUCAAGGAUCUUACCACCAUCAACAUCAACCUGGCCAACGCCAAGUCGAAGCUCGAACAGGAACUCUCAGUUAUCGCUGGUGACUACGACGAAGUCAGCAAGGAGCUCAGGCUGAGCGAGGAACGUUUGAGCAAGACCACCGUUGAGCUGAAACGCUCGCUGGAAAUCCUGCACGAGGAACAGGAACGCUACGUCAAGAUCGAGUCCAUCAAGAAGUCUCUGGAGGUUGAGGUCAAGAAUCUCAACAUCCGCAUCGAGAACUUUGAGGCCAACUCCCUCGUCAGUGCCAAGAGGAUGGUCUCCAAGCUCGAGGCUAGGAUCCAUGAACUUGAGGUCACCCUUGAGGAGGAACAGAGACGUCACCAGGAGACCAUCAGGAUCCUGAGGAAGAAGGAACGCAACGUUAAGGAACUGUUGCUCCAGUGCGAGGAAGACCACAAGAACAUCAGCAUCCUUCAGGAGACCCUUGACAAGACUUAUGAGAAGAUCAACGUCUACAAGAGGCAGCUGAAUGAACAGGAAGCUGUAUCUUCCACCAACCUGACCCGCGUGCGCAGGUUCCAGCGCGAGCUGGAGGCCGCUGAAGAGCGUGCUGAUACUGCUGAGUCCAGCCUCUCCAUGAUCCGUGCUAAGCACCGCACUUUCGUCACCACCCAGACAACCACUCUCCCAACCGGAGAAACUGUGGUUGUCAAGGAAACCGUGACCCAGUAGAAAUAAAAUACAUAAAAACUCCAUUUUUUUUCUGUAGGACCAACGGCCUUCUUGAAAUGCACUGACGAAGACCCUGGCCCUACCAUAUUUUUCUUCUCUUUUUUUUCUUUUCUUUAGACCGAAGACCUUGCAGUAUAGGCCUACAUCCCAGGGCCUUGUCUGCUUGAUCUAAGAUCUUCCAGUAAGUUCUUUAUCCCCACAGGAUGGAAUCUCGGGUCUUUCUGUGGGGCAGAGACUCCUCCUGUGGGUAUGAGGACCUACCUGAUGGCUCAAGGAGUUCUUAGAAGAAUCUGGAAUUUCAAAGUCAAAAUAUAAUCUUGGUUCUUCUAAAAGGUCCCUGGUCUCUAACGCUUGUUCGUUCACUCCGUUGGACGCAGAAAUCUUGAAUAGAAGUUUAAUAUAUAAUAAGCUAUAAUAAUAAUAAUAACUGUAAUCCUUAAUGUUAAAGUCUAACUUUUAAAUUUGUAAGAUGAUUUAUUUGAUUGGUGUAAAAAUAAAUUGUAAAAGCUUUUUAUGUAGUUCACUAUACACCAUGUAUUUUAUUUUGAAUGUAAACCGGUGAGAUCAAUAAAGAACUUUGUUAUAAAAACGUGUGAGUUCAGUCACAAACGAGUCAGACUUCACGGAGGUUAGGAAGUGAUAUUAAAACAUGAAGUUA